ACACACGGGGGCAGUCAAGCUCCAUCCAGCACAACGCCGCCCGAAACAGAAGGAAAUGUAGCCCAUUUUCCCUGUUUUAGAGAGGCAGGCAUGAUGAAAGAGAAGGUACCUGAGUAUGAUGCUGUUCUCAGCAACCUUUUCCAGGAGUUUGACAGUCGCUUUGAGGACUUCAGACACAAUGCUUCUGACUUUGAGUGGUUUGUUCAACCCUUCACCAUCAGUGUGGACACAGUCAGUGAUGAUCUACAGAUGGAACCAAUUGAGCUUCAGUGUGAUUCAGAACUCAAACACAAGUUCAGGUCCCUUCCCUUGACAGAUUUCUACAAACGUGUCCCCACAAACAGAUUAUACAACCCCGAGAAACCGUGCUACAACCCUGUUGAGAUUUACUCAUCUCUGCAUUUAGCAGACUGCUAGAAUUACCCAAAAGCCUGAACAUCCGCGGGAGUGCAGCGCUUCAGAAGUCCCCCUCCCCCUCACACACACACACACACACACACACACACACACACACACACACACACACAGCGUGAGAGGAAAAGCGAAAAAGAGGAGCUUGCUCUUUGUAUGAAAAGUGGGUGGCUCUUAAAAGAGCCGUUGGGUUGAUGA